UAACCGAGCAGUGACAGGUGAGCUCCUCCUUUGGACUGGGACACUGAGCAGAGACGAGCUGGACAUGGCCGGGUACAAGCCGAAGGUGAUUUCUCUAACCAAGAGGCCGGGUCAUUCAUUUGGCUUCUACUUGAGGGUGGAGUAUGGUGCGGAGGGUCACCUGAUCCGCUGCCUGGAAAUGGGAGGUCCAGCUGAACUGGCUGGCAUGAAAGACGGAGACCGUGUCCUGCGGGUCAAUGGAACAUUUGUUGAUGGACUGCCUCAUUCAGAGGUGGUGGACAUGGUCAGAAACAGUGGAGCAUCAGUCACAUUUCACAUCCUGGAUGAAGCUUCCUACAACCAAGCCAAAGCAACAGGAGUGAACCUGUCUGAACCUCAGACCAGCCUGUGUUUGGCCACACCGGUUGCCAACGGUGUGGACAAACUGGCUCCGAAAGCCAAACUCUGCUACCUGGUCAAGUCCAGCUCAGGCUAUGGGUUUUCCAUUCGCUCAGUCAAUGGUGAGAAGGGUUUGUUCAUGACCGAGGUGAUCAUAGGAGGUGUGGCUGACAGGGCGGGGGUCAGUGUCAACGACCGCCUGCUGGAGCUCAACGGGGAGGACUUAGAGGACGCCACACACGAUCAAGUAGUGGACAAGAUCAAACUGGCUGGCAGCAGCCUCAUGUUCCUGCUGGUUGACGAGGAAACAGACAGGCACUACAAGAACAAGCAUAUGAAGAUAGGAGCAUGGUUAGCCACAGCCAAGUAUCUCCCACACAAGCCACACAUCAUCAACAUAACCAAAGGACCCGAUGGCUAUGGCUUCCUGCUCAGGGAGGAGAAGAACCAAACAGGCCACUUCUUCAAGGACAUAGACAUAGGCAGCCCAGCAGAAAGAGCAGGUCUGAAGGAAAUGGACAGACUAGUAGCUGUGGACGGUAAGGAGGUGGACAGCUGCAGCCAUGAGCAGGUGGUCAACAAGAUCAGGCAGAGUGGAAACAAAUGCUGCUUCCUAGUGGUGGACAAAGUCACGGACCAAAUAUACAAGCAGGGCAAAGUGUCUCCCAUGGUCUCCUUUGAGGAGAUAAAGGAUUCCAACUCGCCGCCCAGUUACACAGAGGCCCUCAAUUUACCUGCUCCUGUCCGACCAUCCACACCUGUUCAGAGUAGGAAGGAGGAGCUCAAGCCAAAACUGUGUAAGAUGGAAAAGGCCUUAGCUGGCUAUGGCUUUCACCUAGAUGGCAUCCAGGGGGUGUCUGGACAUUACAUCCAGGAGGUGGUGAAGUCUGGAGUGGCUGACAGGGCGGGACUGGAGGAUGACGACAUUGUGGUGGAGGUCAACGGGGUAAAUGUGGAGCAGAGCAGCCACGAAGAGGCGGUGGCGGUGAUCCGCAGCAGUGGCAACUAUCUGGAGAUGCUGGUGGCUGAUAAAAGCACCUAUGAGCAACUCAAAGCUAAAGGAGUGACCAUUACCCGCCUGCUCCUCGGGGAAACAUCUUAUGCUCAGGUUCACACUGCAGACACUCCAGAGGAGGAAGAGCAAUAUGAGGAGAUCAGACCUGAAACCCCACCUGCACCAGAAAGAGAGAGGGCAAAAUCAUCUGCAUCUCUAGACAGUCUGGAUGAGAGACUCUAAAAAAUCACCGAAAGACACACUCUCCGACUUGGUCUUUGUCAAUCUAAUGUUGAUCCAUCAUUUUCUAAACAAUCAGCUUCAAUGGCUUCACACUUGCACUUGAUGUCGCAGGAGACAAAGAGAUGCAGAAAAAAAAUACAGUCAAGCCUUUUGAAAUUCACUGACAAUAUCUUAACUCUGGCAGGAUAUCUGCAUGAUUAAAGGGUGGAGAAUACUUUUUCAUGAAUACGUUUGUCUUCCUUUGAUGCAAUAAGUAGAUGUACUUGUAUAUGAGCAAUGAUCUGACUAAUGUGUAAUAUCUCACAAAACUUAAAAGCUUAAGCUAACACUAUUAUUGUUACCAGUAAAUACUGUGGCCUUUCAUGUAUUUUUCUUUUCUCUAUGCAAAGACUGCCUUCAUUUAAUGUUCUUGAAAUUAAAAGUAUUGUUUUAGUU